AUGGCAGCCAUACAUGCUCUUCCAUCGUUGCCAGCAAAGCACCAGGAUUUUGUUGGCUGGGUCAAUGAAAACCAGCCUACCCAGAUUAGUGAGCUCAUCAAGCCUUUCAAUGAGUAUGAAUCAGUCAUACGCAAACUCUUUGCCCAGGAGCCAUCCCAUCCUGCUCUGCGGGACAACCAUCUCAAUAUUGUACCGCUCUAUGGCCUGAAUGGGGAGACAUUGGUUUUAAGUCGGCCCCGGAAUCCGACCUCAGAGCCCCCCGAACUUCAGGAAAAGUACAUAAUGGCUUUGGAUGCUGAGUCUCGCAGAAAAUACGGCGAUCCUGCGGUGGCGUCGAAGUUGGAGGAGUUUCGGAACAAUUUUAACAUCUUCUCGGAAGGGUCUUUGAGUGACAUGGACUGGAGCAAUGUCGUCGUCGCAGGAAGCGCCGUAGUGACUUGCCUCAUGCCAGUCCCAGAAGAGUACCGAGGCUCAAAGCGUGCAUUGCGCCAGUUCUAUCACGACAAGUACGCACCUGCAUCGGACGUCGACCUUUUCCUGUACGGCUUGACCGAAGAGCAAGCAAUUGAAAAGAUAAAGCAGAUAGAAGAAAAGAUUCGAAACGCCAUUCUCUAUGAGACGACGACCAUACGAACCAAGAACACGAUUACUAUCGUUUCACAAUACCCAACACGCCACGUGCAGAUCGUCCUUCGUAUCUACAAGUCUAUAUCUGAGAUUCUGACUGGGUUUGAUGUUGACUGUUCCUGUGCUGCUUUUGAUGGUAAGCAAGUCUACGUUUCACCACGUGCUCUUGCUGCGUAUAUCACCCAAGCGAAUACAAUUGACCUGACUAGACGGUCGCCAUCUUAUGAAAACCGUCUUUCGAAAUACUCGCACCGCGGGUUCGAGAUAUUCUGUCCGCAGUUGGAGCGAAGCCGCAUUGAUCCAACUGUUUACGAAAGGAGCUUCUCAAGAACAGUCGGCCUGGCACGUCUUCUAGUUUUGGAGAAGCUGCCAAAGUCAUCCGAUAGGGACGCCUAUCUAGAGCAAAGACGACAGGAGCGUGGCCGUCCAGCACGGAAUCUUCGGAUGCGCAAUAUGAGGUCACUGAAUGGUAACAUCAAAAAUGAUUGGGAAGACGAAACACCAGAAUGGAUGGAGGGUGAUGAAAGUUCAGAUUAUAACACUUUUACUAUACCAUACGGACCGAAGUUUCAUGCCAGGAGGAUUGAGCGACUAUUGUAUACAAAAGAUUUGUUGCUCAAUGCGGAAUGGAAUAAACCAAAGGAUAGGGAUGUUAAUCUUCAUCGACACCCGGCGUUCUUCGGUAAUGUGGAUGAUGUAAUUCACGACUGUUGUGGAUACUGUCCCGAGCCUGUGACUCCAGAAGAAAAGGAGAUAGCAGAGAAAGAAAGCAAGAACUACAUAACGGGAGAUAUAUCGUUCAUCAAAGACGAUCCAGGACGCCAAGAAAUUGGCAGCUUUAACCCAAUCACAGAAUCUGACUGGACAGAGAUGGCCUAUGUUGGUAAUACAGAGCAGCUAUGCCAGGCUAUCGUUGACCAUGACCUUGCUGCAGUCAAGGAGUGGCUUAAUAAUGGAGGAGAUCCCAACAGUCGCGACUAUACUGGAAGAACCCCCUUACAUCUGGCCUGUAUGGCUUCUACGCCAGAUAUUGUACAAUACCUUGUCAAUCAUGGUGCAAGGUUAAUAUCUCGCUUAGCGGAUGGUAGGACUGCAUUACACCUUGCGGCCGCCAGAGGAAGUGUCGAGCUUAUCAAAAUACUACUUCACAAAAGCGAGGAAAACGAAGCUGAGGAGGAUAAGAAGAAUGAGCUCCGUAGAGGAAAGAGAGACAAUGGUGGCCAGAGUGAAACCAACGAAGCCAAAAGCGAACUAUAUGACAUCGGAACACUUAGUAUGGAAGUGGACGCAACCUCAUACACUUCGGGAUCUUUUGUCAAAGUCCAGAAAGAAAGUGACGUCACUGAGGGCACCGAAAAUCUACCUGAUGACGAAAAUAUGCAAGAACCGGACAUUUACGAUAUAAAUGUGCUUUCUUGGGACAGUCACACAUCCCCGCUUCACCUUGCCAUACUCGGCGGCCAUGUUGACGCAGUAGAAGAACUCGUUGCUUCUUUCGGAGCCGAUGUGUUGCUACCCAUUAAGUUGCUGAACGACUAUAACAAUAGUCCAAGAGCUGCAAUUCUUACGCUGGUACUCACACUUCAACUACCCAUUGAGAAGGCUACAGCCAUGACCGAAAAGCUUCUGCAGUUGGGUGGUUCACCCGUACAGGCUGACCUCAAACACAACACGCCAUUACACUACGUCGCUGCUUCCACAUAUAACAAUCUUAUAGACGUCUUCCUGCAUCAGAACAAGCCAGCUACCCAGAAAGCGAUCAAUCAUCUCGCUUUUGUUGGAUAUUCGUGGAAUCCUGAGGCUUACUCCGCAUUUAUGACCGCCAUUAAUACUAAGAAUACUAUUGGUGCGAUGAAGCUACUUGAAGGUGGUGCUGAGGCUUCGAUCGACUUUGGGAAAUUUGUGAAGUCUGGUCAAAUAGCACUCGACGGCAUCCGUACAAACUCAUCCGAAAGAAAUCGAGAGAUCUUCCGACAUAAUCUUACGCAGCCCGUUAUUAUGGCUGUUCAAAAAGAAAUGCCCGAAGUGGCUCUGGAGAUUAUGGCUCGUGGAGUUGAUCCCAACACAUUAGCUCCAGAAGGAUAUCGCGUGCAGGAUGAGGAAUACAUUCGCGAUAGAAUCCAGGGUAAAUCUCUCCUAGACUGUGUCCGUGAUAAGAUUCGGCAAUUGCGCCAAUACAAAGGAGAGACAGUUGUGUCACGAGCUCCAGGACCGCUGGAGCCUGCUUCCCUCUAUCUUGAUGGUUUGGGAGACGACACAUACAAGUUGUGGACAGCGAAACGACAAUUGAGUCAGGCGCAGAGGUCAUACAAGAAGAGCCUAAAGAUACACGAACAAACAAUGAGAGAAGCCGAAAACAGAAAAGGCGUUGAGUUGAAGAUACACGCCGUACGUGACCUUGUUGAACAGUUCGAGAAACUGGAAGUUGUGUUGCUCGAAAAAAAGGCGAAGACUUUCAAGGAGCUGUUUCCAGACCUUGAAACACCACAAGUCGAGGAAGAAACACCGUCACCUAUAAAAGAUGUCUCUGACUCUUUCAAGGUGGAUUUCACAUUCAAUGUAUCUGAUCUCACUGAUGAGAAAAAGGAUGGAUAUCUUAGACUCUUUGAGGCAGCCUGGUGUGGUGACUUAGAUAUCAUCAAGACCCUCACUCUCAGUAUGUGGGGGGAGGAUAAUGAGCAACCUCCCCUGCAAGUUGCCGUGACAGAUUCCAACAGGCUCUCACCAUUCUCGAUUGCAGCUCUCCGGGGACACCUGGGAGUAGCGAAAGCAAUCAUAAAGAUUGUCCAGGUGCAGUUCAAGAAAAGAGAAACUAGGGGCCACGAAAGGUUUGAGAUCGGUAGCGAUUGCAGUGAUGGGGAUUCAGGGGACAGUGGCGAUAUUCGAAUCUACAGCGAGAUUAUUGACGAUAGGUUUACCAUCGAUGAUAUAGGUGAGGUGGCCAUGCAUGUGGAGAGCCAUGUCACUCCGCAGGAGGUAAUACGGUGGCAUUGUCCAGCAUAUAUGUUCACCGAUGCUGAUACCAGUGCUAAGACUCGCAAGAGUCCCUUUGGCAAGCCAUCAAAUCUUCUCGAGUAUGCCAUUUGGAUGGACAAUAUUGAUUUGCUUGUCUUUUUGCUUGAUUUGGGACAAGAUCAGAUACUCAGUAACGCUACUGUCGAAUUCCAGGCUUUCAGUGUUCCCAACAGAGCAGUCCAUCUGGCUAUAGCAGAGGGUCGACUACAGUGUCUUGAAGAACUUAUCAAGCGGACGGGGGCAGACCUCCCACUCGACGCUCUGGUUCAGGAAAGCGGCGUUAAAGCGCAUGAAAGACCAAAAUACUACCAAGGGCUCUCUAUUCAUGGAAAGAAGAGGGCAGACUGGGCAGCUGCUGGGCGCGAGCCAGUGCUCACCUAUGCGAAUAAGAGCUCACCCUUACUUGUUUCCGCCAUCCUGGGUAGCCUGAGAAGCACCGAAUGGUACAUGGGUACUGCCCCAGGCCGUCAUUAUCUUGAGUUCGCCAAGACACAUAAGCAGGAUAGUCGACUGAAGCUCCUAGCAAAAUCAACUAGUGGCAUAGAGAAGUCAAUUAUGAGUUGGCUUAAUGCGAAAAGUCACUUGGUCCUUCAUUGCGCCAUUCUUUCCAGGCCUACUUUGGAAUCUUUGCGCCUUGUUGAAUAUCUUGUUCAGCAAGUCCCAGAAUGUCUCGAGACAAAGUGCUCAGGGAAAUAUACUCCAUUGGCCCUUGCAUACUCUCUUAAUAGGGUGGAUUAUGCCGAAGUCCUUAUAAAAGCAGGUGCCAACCAGACAGUUCGAGAUACCAGGGGUAACAAUCUUAUCCAUCUCCUGCUAUGUGGGAUUGAUGGCGGGACCUUAGGAAGUGUUGAGAGCAUAGAGAGGCUUCUAAGGCUGCUUGAUCCUCGCGUGGUUCCUUCGUUGCUUAUUGAACGCUCAUCAGAUGAUCCGGGAUCGCUUACUCCAUUUGCCCGCUUCAUGCAUCAAGCCAACUUUCAUGGAUCCCAAGCAGAUGAGAUAGUUGAUAUCGCACGCAGAUUCCUGAUGUUUGCCAAGCCGACCGGACAAAAGCAUUUGGAGCUACUUGACGGCACAGGCAAUACACCGGUUCAUUAUGCAGUAAAGCAUAACCUGGUUAAGAUGCUCGAGUUGAUGAUGGACUAUCGACCCGACCUAUUGUGUCGUGAAAAUGCUACAGGCAGCACGCCAUUAGAUCUGGAAGAGGAUACUUGGAUACUAAAAGCAACGGCGAACCCACCUGAAAUUCGAAGCACAGGUCGUCGAUCCUGGAAUAAUCGCGGAAGUAGCGACGAAAGCAUCGUCAGUCUGGCUCCAGAGUCCUUCCUUCCCGACUCUUGCCUACCAGAGAAGAGCUUACGCGACGUAUGCCAUGAAAGGGUUAGCGGCCAAGUGGCCAAGCGGAAGCUAGUGUCUUUGAAUGAAGCCAACGAGGUAGCGAAGCGAUUAGCCACCCGGAAGUCUAGCUCAUGGGGAUGGCAUGGGCGACAAUGGUUUACAGAAAAGGAUGAUGAGGAGAGAGCGCCCGCAAUUGUCACUGUGGAGAAUUUUCGGAUAUUGGGAUUGGAGCCAGACGAUGAGGAAUUUUAUCUCAGAUAUUCGUCAGAGCGGAGGAAGGUAACCCGUCGGAAGGUUUGUGUUGUUUGCUUCGAUUCAGUCGAUGUCCACCUGGUUCCUAUGUUAGCAGUAUUAUACCUCGUAUCUCACCUCGAUAGAGCAAACAUCGGAAACGCUAAGAUCGAGGGCAUGAUGGACGACCUUGGCCUCGAUGGCAUCCAAUGGAACAUUGUACUGAGCGUAUUCUUCGUGCUAUAUGUCCUUCUCGGUACGUUCCUUGGAAAUGUCCGUUGGAGGCGACCAAGCUAA